GUUUCAAAACAAAAAUGGCGACGGAGAAAGUCGUUGCGUUACUGGAACGAAGUGAUCCUUCUCAUUUGAAGCCAUGCGAUUCCACGGAGAUCCAGGAGACUGGCGAGGGGAAGGUUAUGACAUCCUAUUUGAUGGACUGCCGACGAAAACAGAAGCUCAUGUGCCAGCAGCUUUGUGUGUUGGAUGAUAUGUUGAAGCUGCUUGCAGGUAUAGAGUCAGCUGAGCAGUUUCUGAAUGAGCCAUGUCCACCAAACCCAGGGAGUGAGGCUCGUGCUGCCUGGAAGGCUUUGAAAGCAGAGUAUCAGCAGCAAGUUCAGGAAGUGGAGGGCCUAAUAGUCACACUGGAGGAGAAUAUGAGUGAGCUGCACAAUAAACGGCAAAGACUGGAGGCUCUGCUGAUAGCCCUGGAGGCCAAAAAAGCGGAGUGCAGGGAAAAGGAGAGAGCUGCAGCAAAACAGAAGCAGAAAGCUGAAAACCAGCUCAGUUUGCAGUUGGAAGAUUCCCUGCAGACGGCCCAGAAUGCAUUGCGGGUUUGUGACAAACAGCUUUCUGAGCUCAAAGGUGAGGUAGAGGAGCAGCUGGCACGUGUGGCUGAUUGGACGUUAUUUAGAGACAGGUUGCGCGAUAUGCUGGAGGUCACUCAAAAUAAUAUGCAGUACAGGCUGCUGUCAGUCAGCCCCUCUGAGCUGUGUCUUGAACUUCUGCCCCGCUCUACUCAGCAGUCGUUGCAGCCUCUGCGUCUCUCAGUCACUAUUACAACAGAUGACCUGUUCCAUCUUCAGGUGUUUCAGGGCACUGCUGGUCUAUUAGAGGAGUCAGUAGAAGGCCCUAUAAGACAGCUGAGUGCUGCCCUGCUGGAGGUAAUGCAGCGCUACAUCAGUCAAGGAGAGAUGCUUGCUGAAAUCCAAGCUCUUCACUCUAGAUUUGCCAUUGACUGGUGUCCAGCUAAGCGACUGCUGAUCUUCCUGAAGUCCGCCACAACAGUGUGCCAUCUGGAGCUGGACGAGGGAUACCCCUCGGCAGGGAGAGCCAAACUGCUUUGUGUGCGUAAAGACGGCAACCUACUGGAUCUCGCCACCCUACAGCCUCCUGUGGUGAAUCCUGUUCUAACAGACUGGCUUGAAUUCCUCUCCUCCUAUCCGGACCUCUGAGCACAGACUGCAAUACUAGUCAGGUAGAGGAGGGUCCUAAACACUGAUUAUAGUCAGUUCUUACAAUGUAUUACUAGGACGACGUCCCAGUUGUACUAGUGUGUAUACUGAAGUAGUCUUACUGCUAUUUUGGCAAUACAUGUAAUGUCAUCAUUCCUUGCUUCUGAAGUAUCAGCUUGAGCUCUACAUCUGAGCAGGUUUUGGUCCUUUACUGUAAAAAAAAUAGUUCUCACUUCAACCUAAAAAUAUACCUUAUGAUGUAAGAAGUAAUUUGAAGUGGUUGUAUUAAACAAAAAAUACUACAAAAAAAAUUGUUAAUUCAGACUUAAUUCAACUUACUUAGGUUAAAUAAAACUAGUUAAUUGUUACCACAUUAAGUAAUUUUUUAGAGCUGAUGAGACAUUUGUUAUUGUCCUGUUUGUACUUUAAGUGUUCUGCAUUUGUGUGUCUUUGUUACGGUGUUUAAGUCUGCAUUUUACUGUUUCACUGUGUUAGCAUGGGAAAUUAUGUAGCUCUAUGUUUGUUGUCCUAAAUAUCCAAUAGAUUACAUCCAAUAUUAUCUCACUAUAUCAAUUUUCUGCUUCAAUGAUAUACUACAGUAAAUGAGAGUGGCAUGAGAGUCAUUAAAAUUGUUUUGAAAUGUUG